AUGGCCGAUAUCGCAGCGGCGGUGGAGGAGUUCUCGAAGUUGGACGAGUUUUCCAAGCCAAACGCCGAACUUCUAACCACAAUACUACUCCAUCCGAGUGUAAAACUCUCGCUGCAACUCCGAGCGCUCUAUUUCUGCCGUGAUCUGAAUUCAUCGGAAUGCGCCACGCUGCUGAAGAAGGCUCUAGACGUACACUAUGACGCCUUCCUGAGGCAUGAGAUCGCCUAUGUUAUUGGCCAGGCGGGCUGCGAGGAGGCGUCGGACGUUCUCGUCCAAUUGCUCGAGGAUGAAAAAGAGGACCCUAUGGUGCGACAUGAGGCUGCGGAGGCGAUAGCAGCAAUCGGAGGAAAGCGGUUCAUCGAUGUGAUUGAGAAGUACAAAGAUGACCCUUGCGUUGUUGUGCAUGACACGUGCCGACUGGCUCUCCAUUCUCUGCUGAAUGGAUCCAGUGAAGAGGAUGAUGGCAAGGAGACAAUACCCAUAUGCAGCUGCGUGUCUGCACCCAUAUCAACGUCAGCGUAUCGCGCUGUUGACCCAGUGCCCUGCACUUCAACUGACAUGAAUGAGAGGACCAUGAAGGAGUUGGAGGACGUAUUGCUGGAUGAAACUCUGCCUCUCUACAAGAGGUACGAGGCGCUUUUUAACAUUCGCAACAUUGGCGGUGACGCCGCCGCCGCCGUCAUAGGAGGGGCGCUAGUGGGAGACAAAAUAUCGGAAGUUUUCAGACACGAAUGCGCGUUCGUGCUGGGACAGAUGCAGUCUAUGGCUGCAUGUGACGCACUAUUACAGUGUUUGAAGAACGCAGAAGAGGAACCCAUCGCACGCCACGAGGCGGCCCUCGCACUUGGAUCCUGUGCUUCAGUAUGCAGCGACGAACGGGGACGACAGCUUAUAAUAGACGCGCUUAACGAGCACACGGAGGAUCCGGUGAAGGUGGUUGCCGAUAGCUGCAUUGUGGCGCUGGAUGUUGUCCACGAAGCACACAGAGUGGCUGCUGCAGCCUAA